GUUACUUUAACACGACAGGUAUUUGGUUCAUUUGUCAGAUCGACCAUGGCCUUGACACUAYCUUUGCUUGUCGUUUUGACUGCGCUUUGCCUUACAAACGGUGCCUCCGUUGCUAAAAAGAGAAACUUCUUAAAGAUUUCAAAGAAGGCAGYUGUCCCCGCUCAAAAGUCUGGCUACUCGUGUACGAAAUCCGACUGGAAGCAGAUCAACCAUAUCCCAGUCUGCUUUGAAGGUCAAGGUAACAAAUAUGGUCACAUGAACCACUUAGGAGCUAAAGGACUCGUGGGAGCUAUCAAACUUGUGCAUCGUAAUGGACACAUCAGAUGUACUACCAAUCCAGCGUACGACAGCCGUUGGGGAUGUUAYCACUAUUCAACCUUCAUGAAAUACCCUCUAAACAUCAUCAUAACUGACAAACACAACAAUAUCAUUUUCCCAAAACAACGUUACAUUAAACACACCUCUGGUCUUUGGUACUAUAUGCCCAUGGUAGACGACAAACACAGCGACGAAUUGGUUUUCAGUGACUUUAACGAGCCAUUCUACCUUGGUCAGUAUGAUGAGAUGAGGUUAUGGUACGGAGAGGACCUCAAGAACUGGUCUGAGACUGACAACCAAGGGCGCGUUUGUGUGGAUGUUUUUGCAAGAUUCGUAUAAAACCAAAUAAAAAAUGAUAAUAAUA